AUGGGACAGCAUGGAUACCCACCGGCGACGCUGCCUCACUAUCUUCCACUCGUCUAUUUUUCCGAUCCUACACUCCCACCGCCAUGGACUGGCAUGUUCGACGGUAACCUUGGGGUGGUGUACUAUUGGAACCCCCAAACCAACGUUUCUCAGUAUGAACAUCCGGCCUCUUCCAGUUACCCAACCACCCAUCUCAUCAAUUCUCCAAUCCCCCAAUUUUGGAACUCACAUGUGCCGCUGGACUACACAACCAACUCGCCUCACCGUCUCACAACAUCGACGCCCACCGAUCUUGCUGCACCCUCUAACGUGGGAACCGGCUCCGUUGCACAUCCGCUUCAUACCUCUCUGGAAAUCCCAGACCCGAAUUCAAAGCCCCAGUCGCUGAAAGUGCUUCUGGACUAUGCAACUCACAAACCCAGAUUCUCCAAGCGAGAGAAACGUAGAAAGCUCCUUGCUUUGCGAGGUUCAGAGGCGGCGAAUGGGAGUGUCAGUGGUGGUAAUUUUGAGGAAAACAAGGGCGAGGAAGAUAAGAGGGAAGUUGGGUCAGAGGAUUUGGGGGAUGAGAAGGAGGAGGAGAAGAAAAAGAAGAAGAAGAGGAAGAGAGAUAAGGAGGAAGAAAAUGGAUCUUUGAGUUCAGAGGAAAAUGAGGUUGUGAAGGAGGAGGCUAAGAAGCCAAAGAAAAAGAAUAAGAAGAAGAAGAGAAAGGAGGCAAAGAAUGAGGAAGAGAAGAAGGAUGGUGAGCUUGGGACUGAGGAGCGAAGUGUCAAAGAGACGGGUAACAACAGUGAUAGACAAGCGAAUGGGGAUGUUCCUACAAAAGUUUUUGUGGGAGGCAUUCCUUAUUACUCGACUGAGGACGAUAUUCGAAGUUACUUUGAAAGCUGUGGCACAAUAACUGAAGUUGAUUGUCUGAGGUUUCCUGAGAGUGGGAAGUUUAGAGGAAUUGCUAUUAUUAGCUUCAAGACAGAAGCUGCCGCUAAACGAGCCUUGGCUCUUGAUGGAGCUGAAAUGGGUGAACUAUUUCUGAAAAUCCAGCCUUACAAGGCUACUCAAGCCAAUAAAGUAUCUGAUUUUGCCCCACAAAUUGUGGAGGGGUACAAUAGAAUCUAUGUUGAAAAUUUGUCAUGGGAUAUUACUGAGGAUGAUCUGAAGAAACUUUUCUCAGAUUGCAAGAUAUCAUCUAUACAUUUUGGUACGGAUGAGGAAACAGGGGAAUUCCGAGGUUAUGCUCACGUGAAUUUCUCUGAUAGUCUCUCGCUGACGCUGGCAUUGAAGUUAGAUCAGAAGGUUGUAUGUGGAAGACCUGUCAAGAUAAGCUGUGCAGUACCUCUGAAAAGAGUGGGGAUCCCUUCAAAAUCUGCACCUAUGACUUUGAGUACCCUUUCAAUAUCAGUAGCCCCAACCACAGGUGCCAAUUUGAUACCAGUAACUACAACUACAGAUACAGGAGCUGAUAAUUCUGAGUUGAGUUCUGUCAGUGGUAAGAUUAAGAGGAGGACAUGCUACCGGUGUGGUGAAAAGGGACAUCUCUUGUCCGCUUGUCCAAUUUCAGCAACUAUGUUUUCAAGUACGCAUUCAAUAUCCAUAGCUACAACUACAAGUACUGAUUCGAUACCAGUAGCUACAACAAGAAGUACCAAUUCGAUUCCAGUAGCUACAACCACAAGGACCAAUUCGAUACCAGUAGCUGCAACUACAAGGACCAAUUCGAUACCAGUAGCUACAACUACAAGUACAGGAGCUGAUAAUGGUGGGUUGAGUGCCGUCAGUGGUAAGAUUAAGAGAAGGACAUGCUACCGGUGUGGUGAAAAGGGACAUCUCUUGUCCGCUUGUCCAAUUUCAGCAACUACGUUUUCAAGUACCCAUUCAAUAUCCAUAGCUACAACCACAAGUACUGAUUCGAUACCAGUAGCUACAACAAGAAGUACCAAUUCGAUACCAGCAGCUACAACUACAAGAACCAAUUCGAUACCAGUAACUGCAACUACAAGGACCAAAUCGAUACCAGUAGCUACAACUACAAGUACAGGAGCUGAUAAUGGUGGGUUGAGUGCCGUCAGUGGUAAGAUUAAGAGAAGGACAUGCUACUGGUGUGGUGAAAAGGGACAUCUCUUGUCCGCUUGUCCAAUUUCAGCAACUACGUUUUCAGGUACCCAUUCAAUAUCCAUAGCUACAACUACAAGUACUGAUUCAAUGCCACUAGCUACAACUACAGGUACCAAUUCGAUACCAGUAGCUACAACUACGAGGACCAAUUUGAUACCAGUAGCUACAACUACAGGUACAGAAGCUGAUAAUGUUGGGUUGAGUGCCAUCAGUGGUAAGAUUAAGAGAAGGACAUGCUACCGGUGUGGUGAAAAGGGACAUCUCUUAUCCGCUUGUCCAAUUUCAGCAACGUUUUCAAGUACCCGUUCAAUAUCCAUAGCUACAACUACAAGUACUGAUCGAUACCAGUAG